AUGGGCGGAUCAGAACAAGCAAGAAGGCCUCUGCUAGUUGAUGAUGAAGAGGACCCUCUUAGAUGUAGCAGCACUUUGAAUAUUGGUGUUAAUGGUAGCUCUACUGCCACGCGCUUCCUUGUUUUUAGCACGAUUGUUGCAGCUACUUGUUCUUUCAACGCUGGCUAUUCUCUUGGGUAUUCUUCGCCUGCUGAAUAUGGAGUCUUAGCUGAUUUGAGCCUCUCUAUGGCGGAGUACUCAGUUUUUGGUUCGAUGUUGGCUGUUGGAGGAAUGAUCGGUGCAUUGAUAAAUGGGAAGAUUGCCGAUUUUUUUGGCCGUAGAACCAUCUGGGAGUCUAAGUUCCGUUGUCUGCAGGGGAAUGUCUUUAUUGCAGAAAUAGCACCCAAGAACAUUAGAGGAGGACUUAUGACAACCAAUGCGUUGAUGACAAGUUCUGGUGUAGCAAUUGUAUAUCUUAUCGGUUCUGUUGUAAAAUGGCGUGGACUGGCUCUAAUAGGAUGUAUUCCAUGUCUCCUACAGACUCUUUGUAUAUUCUUCAUCCCAGAGUCCCCCAGAUGGCUAGUAAAGAAUGGUCUUGAACAAGAGUUUGAAGAUGUUUUGCAGCAUCUUAGAGGAAAGAAAGUUGACAUUUCUCAAGAAGCAGUUGAGAUAAAAGAAUAUGCAGCAUAUAUUCAGCUUCUCUCCGAAAAUAAAAUUUUGGACUUGUUUCAGAAGAAGUAUGCUGGACCAAUCAUUGUUGCAGCUGGGCUGAUGAUACUAACGCAAUUUUCAGGGUUAACUGGCUAUACAUUUUACUUGACUAAUAUUUUUGCUUUGGCUGAUAUUUCAACUAAAGUUGGAUAUGCAGCUUUGGCCAUCAUAAAGGUUUCUGCAGCUGGAACUUGCUUGGGUUCCUUGCUUACAGGAUUGUCAUUCUUGUUCCAGGACCUUCACCCUUGGAUAUCCGUUUUUGCGCUUACAGGAGUGUCGGUUUACAUCGUUUCUUUCAAUCUAGGCAUUGCAGGAAUACCGUGGAUUAUAACGUCCGAGAUAUUCCCAAUAAAUGUGAAGGGUUCAGCUGGAAGCCUUUGCAAUUUGAUAUAUUGGUUCUGUAGUUGGGUUGUUUCUUACACCUUUAACUUUCUAUUGGAAUGGAGUUCCACAGGUGAUGCAAGCCUCCUCCCCAUUUCCCUUUCUCUUGCAUCUUUAUGUGUUUCUGCAUUUGGGUUCUUAUUCAUUGUGACGCUGGUACCUGAGACUAAAGGACGGUCACUAGAAGAAAUACAAGCAUCUAUUACUAAUGUUUUGCAUUAG